AUGGAUUGGCCUCGGCAUAAUGAUCAGUUAGCUGUGAAAAUGAUUGGGAAGAAGAUAAAGAAGGAGACUCCUUUACACCUACCCAAUGGUUACACAAGCAAGAACCGCUUAAGAAGAAGCAUUGUUCCACCGCUAACAUCUUCCCCGAAGAUUAGACCAGCUGCUCUGAUAAACCGGCCCCAUGAUGUUCCUCCUCCUCCUGCCAUGACUCAACCAACUCAUAACUUAGCUAGACCACCAAUGAUGGGUCAUGCAGACCAGUUUUGGUCCAAUAUUGCAGCUGAGUCUCCUGUCUCGUUUUCUCUUCAAAGCUCAUCAGGAGAUUCAAGAUCCAGUGGAAACCAAAUGCAGCAAUCUCAUCAGUAUCAAUCCCACUCGCCACUGAUAUAUAACAAGAGUCUUCCUUCAGCUAGGUUCAGUGGUGGCGGGAUAUUGCCUACUCCUGUCUCUGUGUGCAUUCCCUCUCCUCAAAGCUCGUUUGGAGAUUCAGGACCCAAUAGAAACCAAAUGAAACCAUCUCAUGACUAUCAAAAACCACCACGGUUCAAUGGUUCUGCAUCAAGUGUACCCAUUUUGCCCUCUCCUUGGUUCGACGGUCCCGGGAUAUUACCCACUCCACCAACAAGUUUCACAUCCUCAUCAAUGGCUCAAGCUGGAAUUCUCGGUCCGGGCAAGUUUCCUCGGCCUCCUCAUGCAUCUACUGGUCUUGUUUUCUCGCCAUUGCCAUUUGGAGAGAAUACUAGUUAA